CCGGGGUCAGGACAUGGUUUCUGUGGAGUCCCCUGUGAGCACUGAGCAGCUUUUCAUUUUGACCGGUCAGGUAAAUCAACACUGAUCUGCACAGGAGCAUGGCUCUGAAUAAUCCCAACCCACUGGGGCCAUGGAAGAUCACAGUUUAUGACCAGGAGAACUUCCAGGGCAAACGUCUAGAGUUUACCUCAGCCUGCCAAAACAUCAUGGAGUGCGGCAUGGAUAACAUUCGCUCCCUGAAGGUGGAGUGCGGAGCAUGGGCAGGAUAUGAGCACUCCAGCUUCUGUGGACAGCAGUUUGUGUUGGAGAGAGGAGAGUAUCCUUACUGGGAGUCGUGGAGCGGCAGCAACGCCUACCACAUCGAGAGGAUGAUGUCCUUCUGCCCCAUCUGCUCCGCUAAUCAUAAGGAGUCCAAGAUGGUUUUGUUUGAGAAGGAGAACUUCAUGGGGCGCCAGUGGGAGAUAAAUGAUGACUACCCCUCUCUGCAGGCCAUGGGGUGGGGCAACAAUGAGAUCGGAUCCAUGCAGAUUCAGAGUGGAGCCUGGGUGUGCUACCAGUUUCCAGGUUACCGUGGUUACCAGUACAUCAUGGAAAGUGACCGGCAUGGUGGCAAAUACAAACACUACAGAGAGUGGGGCUCCCAUGCACAGUCCUUCCAGGUGCAGUCGCUGCGCCGCAUCCAGCAAUGAGAGCUGCAGCCUCCUCUCCCGCCCUUUACCUCCUGCACAUCCACCUCCUCCUC